CCUCGUGAACCUGACAGCCUGCGGUCUGCUUCCGCACAGACAAUAAAGCGGCACUAGAUUUUGAUGAGACAGGAACGAGGAGAGAUAAGCCGAGCAGCGGGACGACUUAAACCUACCGGACUGAGCACAAGAAUGCAAAAGAAAAGUCAGUUUGUGGCGGAUAAAUGUCACAUAUGCGGGAUAGUUUCUGUUGUUCGGGACUUUGAAUUGAGUAAUGUCUAAUGGGCGAACACACACUUGGAUUGGUAACAAAAGGGACUGCCACAAGAAAAACGAAUUAAGUGAGGAGUUUUUCCAUCAUUAAGGAAUUUAGAAGCAGCAGCAGCAGGGCUCAUCAGUUUGACUAAGUGACACUGACCUUAAUCAAAUGCAGAGAGAAAGAUGCAUUUGGGUAAGGCUUUACUGUUUGUCCUCCUCCUCAACUGCGCGACUUUGAGCUCGUCUCUGUCAACUUGUGCCACCGUGGAUAUCGACCAUGUGAAACGGAAGAGGGUCGAGGCGAUACGAGGUCAGUUUUUGAGCAAACUGAGACUGACGAGUCCCCCGCACUCUCUGGGACCGAGUAAAAUCCCGUAUCAAAUCCAAGCUCUGUACAACAGCACCAAGGAGCUACUGGAGGAGCUGAGGAGGGAUCGGCAGCAAAGUUGCGGUCAGGACAACACGGAGACAGAGUACUAUGCCAAAGAGAUAUACAAAUUCAACAUGGUGUACGGACCGCCAGAAAGCAACGAUCUGCUCUACUGCCCAAAAGGCAUCACCUCUAAGGUUUUCCGCUUCAACGUCUCUGCCAUGGAAAGGAACUCGACCAACCUCUUCAGAGCAGAGUUUCGAGCUCUGAGGGUGCCAAACUCAAGUUCCAAGAGGAAUGAACAGCGGAUUGAGCUCUACCAGAUUGUGAGACCGAAUGAACACAUUAGGAAACAACGCUACCUUGCAGCCAAGAACGUGCUGACCAAAGGUACUCCAGAGUGGGUCUCCUUCGAUGUGACUGAAACUGUGCGGGAAUGGCUGAUGAACAGAGGUAGUAAUCUGGGUUUGGAGAUCAGUGUGCACUGUCCCUGCCACACCUUCAACCCAAAUGGGGACAUCAUCGACAAUGAGAACGAGGUGCUGGAGGUGAAGUUUAAAGGCGUGGAUGGAGAUGAGGAACACAGUCGUUUGGAUAUGGAUCACCUGAAGAAGAAAAAGGACCCGCACCUGCCUCACCUCAUCCUCAUGAUGAUCCCACCGCACCGCCUCGACGCUCAGACAUCACGCCGACGCAAGAGAGCGCUGGACACAAACUACUGUUUCUCAAAUGUGGAGGAGAGCUGCUGUGUUCGCCGGCUCCACAUUGAUUUCCGGCGUGACUUGGACUGGAAGUGGAUCCAUGAGCCCAGUGGCUACGAUGCCAACUACUGCUCCGGGCCCUGCCCUUACCUGAGGAGCUCCGACACAACGCACAGCUCGCUGCUGAGCCUGUACAACACUCUGAAUCCGGAGGCAUCGGCCUCCCCCUGCUGUGUCCCUCAGGACCUGGAACCCCUCACUAUACUCUACUACUCCGGACGGACCCCCAAAGUGGAGCAGCUCUCCAACAUGAUCGUCAAGUCUUGCAAGUGUAGCUGAGAAGACGUGAAAGGCGAGGUAGUACGGCAGGAUUUUACUAGGUACUGACGAAAAACCCACGCUCGUUGACUUUUGGACUCUUAGCUGUGACAAAUACUUUAACUGACCCUGUGGCCUCAUGGCUUAGAACUGAACACCACUCUGGAGGUCACACUUAUUUUUUUUAAGGAUGCAGAUUUUCUUAAAAAAAACUUGAGGUCGUCUUUAUUUUGUUUUCUUCUUUUGUAUUAUUUUCCCUCCCACUCCAGAUGAAAAGUAGUUAUUUUCAUCUUAAAAAAAGUCCAAACCAACCACAUGAUCUGAAAGCCUUCUGGAUUUGUGAAGGUGGACAACACACUCCUAAAGCUAGAUUGCAGAGAGCCCUGUUCAAAUCUAUCUGUGACAAAGCAGGAGCUGCUUCAUGGACAAUGAAUGAAGGAGACUUAUUUUGUGGUAUAUUUUCAGCUUCAAGUAUUCCACAAAGGGUUAGUCUCUACAUUGUCAGUAGAGCAGCUUCCUGUCUCUAGCCUCGGGAUGAUAUUGUUCAUUGUCACAAAUACAAAUUGUGCUCGACUGAAGAGUCCUUUCAGGCUGGAUUUUGCCUUAGGUUCCCUUCCCUUCAAACAGUGGACAUUAUCUUCAAACACAAAAGGAGAAAGGACAGACUUGCUGCUGUAUCCAAAGCCAUAGCUGUGGUCAGGGAAAAGGAGAGCCGAGAGAAUGCCUGCUGGAUUUGCAAUGGAAAGUGAAUGAACAAAGAAGUUGAGCCAAGCUUUUCUUUUUUUGGCCAGCCAGCAGCAAUGGCCUUUUUUUUUUUUUUUUUUUUUUUUGCGGUGCAUCUAUUAGAAUAGAUGGAAGAAGAAGAAGAAGAGGAGGAGGAAGAGAAGAAGAGGGAGGAGAGGGGGGGACCUGUAUGGAAGCGAAGAACUGUGAUGGAAACAAGCCAUGAGCACACUGCCAUUCACUGGAAGUUCUCAUCUCUAACAGGUUCAAAUUAUUUAUAGGACAUCAAAGAAUAUACUGGAAAAGAACACGUGUUACGCAACAGGUUUUUAUGGCAUUUCUUUUACAUUAAUAGCAGAUUUGGUCUGUUAUGCAACUUGUCAUAUAGUGAUUGUUUCACUAACUGGGACAUAAAAUUGACGUGUAUCUCCAUCGGUGGAAACACUUUUAUAUUAAACUAAGGGUACUGUUAUAUUUCCUUGUGAUUUAGAAAAGAAUAUGCAGCUUUUUGUCCAUGUACAAAUUAGUUUGACCUGUUGUAUGUGAUCCAGUGUAUGUUUGACUUAUUGUAUUAAAAGGUGACUAUCCCCAGAAAGUUAACUCGGAGCACUUUUCUGCAGCAAUAAUAGGAAUUGUCAUGUCAUAUAUCAUCCUCUCCUAUCAACUCACCUGUCACUCGUCACUCCAGCCAGCUGACAAGGAAUCACAUAGUCAGGACUUCCCAAAAACACUGCAGUCUUUCAUUCCCUCUGCUCCGUCUCUGUUUGUUUUGGUGCUCUUUUACAGUGUGAAGCCCUAAUGGAACAAAAAAAAAAAAGAAGAUGGAGGGGAAAAGUCAUUACAUGACAGUGGCUGGAUGUACAGUUAGACCUCAUUUUUCUCCGAGUCAGGAGAAUCAUUCUGAAUCCCUGUACUGUUUGACAUUCACCCAGUCAGAGUCAUCUCCACUUUAAGAUGACAUUUAGGUGACGUUUUUGGCAGUAAUAUUGUUUGACUGACUUGUUGAUCGUGAUUGUUAUUAAAAACACAACAUGCAUAA